AUGCCUCGCGGCUGGCGCCAGUGCCCUCGCGAUCCUAAGCCGGCAGCGGCCAACUUCGCCAACGCGCACCCUUGGCAGCAGGUGGAUGGGGCCUCUCCUGGGGCUGCGUACCGCCCCCCAGUGGAUCCCUGGAUUGAGCGGCCCUUGGGGGACCCCACGUGGGUGCACCUGACUAUGGAGCAGAAGAGCGCGGCGAGUGGUGCUCCUGGCGGUAAGCCUGCAGGGGGCGCCCCGCAGUGUGCAUGCCCGGCCCGCGGCCCCUCGGGGUGGGCGUCCACCGGGUGCCAGCUCGGCCUGGGCGCCUUUGAUGCCUCCCCUUGGCUGCUGGACCCCUUCCCGGCUCAGCUGGGCGAUUACAUGCCCUUCUGCCUCGAGCAUCACCGGGACCAGCUCAGCAGUGUCUGUGAGAUCCUUGGGCACCGGCUGGGCCGGGCCUGGGCGUGGGCAGCCCGCCUCGAGGGGGACCUGCCCCUGCCCGACGGCUCUGAGCUUUUCCGCCAGAAUUUUGAGGAGGUUAUUCAAGACCCAAACAGCCUUGCUGAGUUCCACGCUGCAGUGCCCUGUUCUCCGCCUCCGGCCUCGAGCCAGCCACCCGUGGCCCCACAGCUGCCCGUGGUGAGACAGUACUUAGCUAGUUUCUCGGAGGCCCUGGCCCUCGACAUGGGCGCUCCCCCCAGCCCUGUCCCCGCUGCUCUGGCCAGCCCCGCUGUUUCUAGUUCCAACUGCACGUCCAGAACUGCUCUGUCUGAGCAGCAGCUGGUCACGGAGAGCAGCCCUGGGCUCGCAGCGCCUCCUGCCUCGUCCAGCUCUGCACGCAGCACCGAUCCUGGUCCUGCAAGGCCAGCUUCCUUCCAAGCAGGGGAGGUGGCCCCCAAACCUGUCCCUGCACUUAGAGACUCUGCUGAAUCCCCUGUCCAGAAACCAGGCUCCACUCACCCGGGGCGUCCAGAAUCCCAGAAGACAGAGGAAGACGCUUCUGAGACAGGCAGGCCAGGAGGGACGCUUAGGUACCCACAGGGGGCGGUGGACGCCCUGGGAGAGCCACCAUUUGGUCCCGCGCCCCAGCCCCCAGCCCUGAAUUCGGAACACGGCCCGGGCGCGUGUGGCAGCACCCUCUCGCAAUGAAGAGGACUUUGUGGCCAGGGAGCCCCACGGCCCCCUGUCAGGACAGAGUGGCAUUGCUGGACGACUGGAUACAUAGCAGCAGGUCGUGCCCAUCCACUUGCCCCACUGCUGGGCAGGAGAUGCACUUGUUUGGGGCCUCCCGCAUCUGAGCACAAGCAGCUCCCCUUCAACCCCCACCCCGGGCACAGCCGGACAGUGGCCUCUGCCUCGUGCCCCUCGCCCUGCGCCGCCCUCAGUGGCCCAGAGGCUGCCUCCCCGCGCCUUGUUGGGGAGCACCGUAUCCCCUGCCUGUUCCCGCUCCUCAAUAGAGUUCCGUAGGUGAGUGCUCGGCAGGUGUUUGUACUCUCCCCCGACCCACCCAGGUCCACCCCUUCAGUGCUGGCUGGGAGUGGACUGGGUCUGCCGUGCCAUCGCUUUUGGAUCUAACUCCUGUAAGGUGUCUGCUUGGUCUCCUGUCCCUGUCUCUGCUCCCUCUGUCCCCUGUCCUCUGGGCUGGAAGUUAAGGAAGGCUGCAUGGAGGAAGCAGCUGCUUUCAUUCUUCAGUGUGAGUGGGAGGGUGUCUUGGCAGAGAAGGGUGCUUCUCUUCUGGCUUACCCGCUGGGCGGCU